AUGAAGCCGUACGUCUGGCCAACCUCAGAUGAGGCCCCGCCACCCUCUGGGCGCCGUACUUUUCCGCGCCAGUUCAAGGUGAAUCACGGCACACUCAACCUCUUCUCCCCCGCCGCGUCAGAGUCACAGCAGUGCAACACCAGGGCUGCGGCAGGGUCGUCCUCCAUCACAGGGCAGCGAGGCAUUCUGUACCAGCACAACCACAACAAGGAGUCUACGGCAACCCGCGAGUUCCCCGUGAAUGGGCUGCGACGUGUAUCGAUGCCGCAGCGGAGUGAGACGCCGCACGGCAUGCGCCACAUACGCGACGCGGCGGGGGCCCAGCAGCAUGUGCAGGUGGUCAACAUCACGGACGCCUACAAGGACCCGAUGCAGAUGGGCCCAAGGCGCACCGGUGUCAAGUGUUUGCCGCAGAAGAGCGGCUCCGACGACGUCAGGGCGGCGUUGACCUUUGCGGGGUCACGCCAGCAGCUUAGUGCACGUGUCCUCGCCGCACCGGUAGGGAAGCCGUCGCGGCCCUCCCUGUACAAGAUCGACUACUCAGACCAGGAACGCUUUGCUCAGGCGGUGCGCGAUCACACCCAGAAACGCACACGUGGCGUGGCGGAGUUUUACGUGCAGCUCGUGCGCGACACCGUCGGUGGUGUGUCGAGUAGCACACCGAAGCCGGUCAUUGUGCCGUGGUCUCUCGACCAGGAGCCGACGCGGCGGGUGCUGACGCUGGAGCGGUGCCGCGAUCAACUCGUGGCGCUAACCGCAAUGCCCAUCUCGCUGAGUGACCUCGCUGAUCUUCUGUGGGGCGCCGGCGAUGGCGAGGUGGCGAACUCGGAUGGCCCCAGAAGCGAUGGUGAAAAGGAUGCGCCGCUCCCGCUGAGCUGUCGCCCCGUGCCCUUUCGCGACUUCGCAGCCGCCUUUGGCCAAAACUCCAGCGACGGGCGACUCGCCCGCAUGAAAGUGUGA